AUGGCGUCUGAAAGCACAUCUCAAGCCCAGGAGGAGAAAGCAGCUCUUCUAGACACCACCACUGAAGAACAUCGCGAUCAAACCGAGAGUGACUUAGCGAAAAAAGAGCCUAAACUGAUGCUUUAUCAUUGGACGCAGUCGUUCAAUUCUCAGAAGGUACGUCUGGCUAUAGCUGAAAAAGGCUUACACUGUGAAGAAUACGACGUGAGCCUGCCUCUGAGCGAGCACAAUGAGCCCUGGUUCAUGCACCUCAGUCCCACUGGAGAGGUGCCCGUCCUGGUCCACAAUGAUACUGUCAUCUGUGACCCCGCCCACAUCAUGGAGUACCUCGAGCACAACUUCAAUGAGGAGGGCACUGUGAAGUUGAUUCCUGAGGAGGGCAGCACAUACUACCACCGGGUUCAACAUUACAGAGAACUGCUGGACUCACUGCAGAUGGACGCCUACACACAUGGCUGUAUCCUGCAUCCUGAGUUCACUGUGGAUUCACACAUACCAGCAUACGCAGCUUCUUGUAUACGAGCACAGAUAGGAAACACACAGACAGAGCUAAAGAAACUGGCUGAGGAGAACCCAGAGUUGAAAGAUGCUUAUCUUGCCAAACAAAGGCGGCUAAAGUCUAAGCUGUAUGACCAUGACAACAUGAAGUAUCUGAAGAAGUUACUGGAUGAACUAGAGAAUGUAAUGGAUCAAGUGGAGACAGAGCUUCAGAGGAGGGCUGAGGAAACACCAGAGGAGGGCUGUCAGUCAUGGCUUUGUGGUGACUUCUUCAGUAUGGCUGACGUCUCCCUUGCGGUCACCCUGCACAGGCUCAAGUUCCUGGGCCUGUCUCAGCGUUACUGGGGCAAUGGUAACCGCGUCAACAUAGAGACAUACUAUGGCCGUGUGGUACAACGGCCGGCGUUUAAGAGGGUUCUCGGUCACGUCAACAACAUCCUCAUAUCAGCCGUGCUCCCUGUGGCCUUCCGCGUCGCCAGAAAGAAUGCUCCAGUUAUUUUAGGUACCACUCUCCUGAUAGGGAUUCUGGGAGGAGCUACGUACCUGGCUUUUCUGUACAUGAAAAAGAGGGUCACGCUGUUUUGUUGA